UUAAAAAUGGAGCGUGUAGACUACCAAAUUACCAUCUGCUCAGGAAGCAAUUUGGCACAUGGAUCAAUAGCCAGCAUUGGCCAUCACUGCCCAAAUGCCAAGAUUAAUGUUCUUUGUAGAAGACCUAAAGAGUUUUCAAACAAGUUUGUUGGAACUACUGAUAGAUGUAUCUGGAAGUACAAAGGUGACCUCAAAGCUGAGAUACAAGCAGUUUCAGAUGAUCCAGCAGACGUCAUUCCAGGCUCAAAAAUUGUGAUAAUUUGCUCCCCACUUCAUGUUGCAGCCCCAAUUUUGGAAAGCAUUAAAGACUAUUUGGACCAAGAUACUAUCGUUGGAUCUAUCUUUGGUCAAGGUGCUUUUGAUUUGCAAGCAUUCCAUUACCUAGGCACAAAGGUAGAAGAUUUGGAUUUGACAAUUUUCGGAAUGCAAUUUGUACCAUUCCUUUGUAAAGCAACAGAGUAUGGUAAAAGUGCAGAAAUCUAUGGUCCAAAGAGUUACUUGUGCUGUGCAACAUAUCCACAAGAAAGAUCAGAAAAAGUAUGCAACAUUAUAAGUUUAUUAUAUUCUACUCCAACUGUUCCCAUUCCAAACUUCCUCUGCCUCACUCUUACGCCAUCAAAUCAAAUUAUUCAUCCUGGAAGAGUUUAUGGAUACUUUAAAGAUUGGGAUGGCAAGACAGGCUUUGAUCCAAAGAAGCUUCCUAAACUCUAUGCAGAGCUUGACGAUGCAUCUGCUGAUGCAAUCCAAGCUCUAGAUGAUGAAAUCCAGGCUAUCAAAACAGCAAUCGUCUCAAAAUGGCCACAAGUAGAUAUGUCAGCUCUGCAUCCUAUAAAAGAUAGAAUUAGCUAUAACUAUAAAGAAUCUAUUACAGAUUUCUCUUCUCUCAAGACUAUCUUCAACACUAAUGACGGUUACUCCAAGAACGUUUUCCCUACCCUUCCUCAUCCAGAUGGCAAAUCAGUGGUUUUGAACACAAAGGGAAGAUUCUUCUACGAAGAUAUCCCUUAUGGGCUCUGUAUCCUCAAGAACAUCGGUGAUCUUCUUGGUGUACCAAUGAAAAGUACCGAAAAGAUGAUCCUCUGGCAUCAGAAAUUUAUGGACUACCAGUUCAUUGAUGAAGAGGGUAACUUCCUACCUGAUGCUAUUGAGAAGACAGGUAUUCCUCUCAAAUAUGGAAUCAAGACUUCCUACCAACUCGUCAAGAGUUCUUUCCCGGAAUUAUUUGCAGUCUCUAAGAUCUAA